GUAUCGCAGGGACACGCAUGCGGCAGCAGAUCGGCUGGCGAUAUUCUGUACAGUACAUACCGCUUUGACGUAACCACGCGCCACACAAGCGGAAAGGCGGGAGACCGUCGCUUCCGCGUAUGUCAAGAAGUCAAGAUGGAAGAAAAGUUGAUAUUGUCUGUUUUUAAUUUUCCUGAGCUGUAUAAUACAACUUUGCCACAUUACCGCAAUGGUGACACAAGAUCACUUGCUUGGGGGAAAAUAAGCUCAUUGACAGCUCUUCCAGCUGAAGAGUGCAAAAGGAAAUGGAAGAAUCUGAGAGACCGAUACUUCAAGGAAGUACGACAGGAAAAGAGGAGUAAGGAGGAGACAGGGGAGCUCGCCCCAAGCCGAUGGAAAUACAGACAACGUCUGAUCUUUCUUCAACCAUUCAUUAAACCAAGAAACAGCAAUGUGGCCCCUGCCAACCUGGAAAGCCCUGAUACGAUCAAUAAAAGCACACAGAGGGAAAUAAUACCUGUCAAAACACUCAACACAGCCCUGGUGAACGACAUGAAAACCCCUAGCACCCAGGUUGGCACCAUGUCACAGCUAGCUUUUGUGACACAGCUGUCCCCAGGGCAACAAGGCGACCAACUGUCUUUUCUGGGCAAGCGUCCACCAGGCGCCCAGACGUCCCCAGCGCCCCAGACAUCCGCAGUGCUCCAGUCAUCAAUUUACGCAACCAAGGAGAGGCCUCAGACAAGACAAUCUGCUUCACCAUGUUCCUCAAGCACUCCCUCUAAGCGCUCCGCUAAGAACAGGAUGCUGCUGGCCAAAGAGAAAGAUCACAGAUCGGAUUCCACGAUCCCUAUCCGGCAGUGUGACGAGGAUGAGAUGUUACUCCUCAGCUUCGUUCCUGCUUUGAAGAGGCUAACUCCACAAAAAAGAUGUGAGACCAAAAUUAAGAUCCAACAGAUUAUGUAUGAGGCCGAGUUUAGUAUGGAUCAGCCAGUGACUGUCAAUGAACCACCGGUGACGGUGUCCAAAGAACUGCCAGAUCAAGAGAUGUCAUAACUCAUUCAUAUUGUAGGGUCGACGGGUUGCUCUCAGGAGGUUUAUAUGUUUUUAUUUUAUUUUGACCGAAACGAUUUUUUCCUAAAAUAUAUUUGUUUAAAUCUCUCUCCUAAUGCACAUGAAUAGGAAUAUUAAUGUUCUGUUUUUGCAAUAUCACAUUUUUGUUGGUAUCAUAGAGGUGCAAAAAAUAACAAAAUAUUUUUUUAUAGAUGUUCUAAUUUUGCUGUUGUGAAUGCAAGUUGUUAACCCAAUUGAAAAUAAAAUGGGCUGUUAUUCUGUUU